AUGGCUGACAGCACUCCCACAAACACUGCUAAGAUUCGUGAAAGAAAGUCGGGAUUUGAGGCGGCAAAAGAUAAUAAUGAAACAGUAGUAGUUGCCGAAAAGAGCUAUAUAACCAGUAAGCGGCUACCGGCCGUGUCUCUUGCUGAUGUUAUAGAAAAGCCUGGUGUUGCUCGGGCUAAUGCCGCUGUGUCUGUGAAUAAACCUGAGGGUGACCUCGAGUGGGCCAGAAAGAAUGACGGUUAUUCGCCUCUUCAACAACAUAUUCUUUUCUGGGAUCGCGAUGGCGACGGGAUGAUCUUCCCAUGGGAUACAUAUAUUGGAUUCCGGGAACUGGGGUUCAAUUUCAUCUUCUCAAUUCUCGCGACCCUCAUCAUCAACAUCAAUUUCUCGUACCCCACACGCUUGGCGUAUUCGUGGUUCCCCGACCCUUGGUUCCGCGUUUAUGUUCCCAGCAUCCACAAAGCCAAGCACGGCUCGGACAGUGGCACAUACGAUCCAGAGGGCCGCUUUGUGCCGCAAUUGUUCGAAAACUUGUUCUCAAAAUGGGACCAGGACGGUGACGGGGCUUUGACUCUUCGAGAACUUUUCUUACUUAUGCAUGGCCAUCGAUGUGCAGCUGAUCCGUUCGGGUGGUUCGCUGCCCUUUUCGAAUGGGGAACAACUUGGCUCCUAAUACAGAAGGAGAGCAAAGUCUACAGGGAGGAUCUGCGAGCUAUAUAUGAUGGCUCAAUAUUCUGGAAAAUUCGUGAAGCAAGAAAGACUCCAGCGGGGUGGACACAGGGUUGGGGCUUGGGAGGUGAUGGCUUUGUAGGAGGGACGAAGAUGUUUUGA